GGGAAAGCUGGACGGAAUAACUAACAAUUCCCACCAGAACAUAUUACAAGACAGCACUAUCCGGGGAACAGAGUCAAAAACAUUGUUCAUUCCAGUUGAAUUCAAUACCGCCCACCAUGCCUGGCUCACUGUCCCUCUUCUCCGUCAACGCGGUCCUCAUCAUGUCGACCGACGACAGCUCCCGCAUCUACGCCAAGUACUACUCUCCGCCGCACCCCCCGGCGGGCGUGCCCGCCAAUUCGACGGAUUAUCCUGGCGCGAACCCCUAUCCGACAGUGAAGGAGCAGAAGGCGUUCGAGAAGGGUUUGAUGGAGAAGACCAACAAGCAGACCAGCGAUGUGAUCCUGUAUGAUAACCGCGUGGUGGUCUUCAAGAUGGAGAGUGAUGUGAUGCUCUACGUGGUUGGAGGCGCAGAGGAGAACGAGGUUCUGCUUUACAAUGUCGUCCUGUCGUUACGGGAUGCGUUGGGAAUCCUAUUCAAGGGCGCUACGGACAAGCGUACGAUUGUUGAGAACUACGACCUUGUUGCCCUUGCGAUUGACGAGAUCAUCGACGACGGGAUCAUCCUGGAGACGGACCCUGUCCUGAUCGCUUCGCGCGUCAGCCGUGCCCCUGCUCCCGACGCCCCUAACAUGAAGAGCAUCGAUCUCUCCGAACAAGGUCUGCUCAACGCCUGGGAGUUCGGUAAGAGAAGACUGGCAGAGGGUCUACGACAAGGGCUGUAGAAACAAAAAAUAAUCAUACGGGGAGCGGGAGGCAACGAGGAGAUAUGGUCGAGGAUGUUUCUGGUUUCUUAUUUCGCAUAUAUGACUACCGUCUCGUCUCGUUUGGCACCUGGGCCUUUGGCGCGAAGGGGGUUUUUUACCUUUUUAUUACUUUUUAUUUUCUUUAUGACAUGAUUAUGCCUCUUCGGAGAAGAUUCCCUAUUUUUUACCAUCUGUGAGGAUCUUGUCGGUCCAUUAGAAAUGCGUUCGCGAGUUUCAAAUAGAUGUUCUUCGGGCUGAGAAUGGAUUUGGUUAAUACAUAUUGGCUGCUGCUGUGCACUGGGAUUGUUCAGUUCGGAAUAUAAGAGACUAACGUAGGCGAUUGCUUUUAUACAUUUAUCAUGUUCACAUUUAACGAAGCUGGAGUUAGAAGCAGUCGUAUUUCUGUA